UCUCUCUCUCUCUCUCUCUCUCUCUCUCUCUCUCUGUGUGUAUGUGUCUCUCUCUCUCUGUCUCUCUCUCUCUGUGUGUGUCUCUCUCUGUGUGUGUCUCUCUGUCCCUCUCUCUGUCUCUCUCGCUCUCUGUGUGUGUCUCUCUCUCUGUGUCUCUCUCUCUAUCUCUCUCUCUCUGUGUAUCUGUGUGUGUGUGUGUCUCUCUCACUCUGUCUCUCUCUCUCUCUUUCUGUCUCUCUCUCUGUGUCUCUCUCUCAGAUUUUCCACAUGACGUACGACCUGGCAAGCGCAGUGGUAAGAAUAUUUAACCUGAUUGGGAUGAUGCUCUUGCUGUGUCACUGGGAUGGAUGUCUGCAGUUCCUGGUCCCUCUGCUCCAGGACUUUCCUCCGGAUUGCUGGGUGUCACUAAACGGUAUGGUUAACGACUCCUGGGGGAAGCAGUACUCAUACGCUCUCUUCAAGGCCAUGAGUCACAUGCUGUGUAUCGGUUACGGAGCCCGAGCGCCGGUCAGCAUGUCCGAUCUGUGGAUCACGAUGCUCAGCAUGAUCGUGGGAGCGACGUGUUACGCCAUGUUCGUGGGCCACGCUACGGCACUCAUCCAGUCGCUCGACUCCUCGCGCAGACAGUACCAAGAGAAGUAUAAACAAGUGGAGCAGUACAUGUCAUUCCACAAGCUCCCGGCCGACAUGCGGCAGAAGAUCCACGACUACUAUGAACAUCGCUACCAGGGCAAGAUCUUUGAUGAGGACAACAUCCUGAACGAACUCAACGAUCCUCUGAAAGAGGAGAUCGUUAACUUUAACUGUAGGAAACUGGUUGCGACCAUGCCUCUGUUCGCCAACGCCGAUCCCAACUUCGUCACCGGAAUGCUGAGCAAGCUGAAGUUCGAGGUCUUCCAGCCCAAUGAUUACAUCAUCCGCGAGGGCACCGUGGGGAAAAAGAUGUACUUCAUCCAGCACGGCGUCGCAAGCGUCAUCACCAAGCACAACAAGGAGAUGAAGCUGACGGACGGAUCGUACUUCGGAGAAAUCUGCCUCCUGACGAAAGGACGUCGCACGGCUAGCGUCCGCGCCGACACGUACUGCCGCCUCUUCUCUCUCUCCGUCGACCAUUUUAACGAAGUGCUGGAGGAAUACCCGAUGAUGCGACGCGCCUUCGAGACCGUCGCUAUCGACCGCCUGGACCGCAUCGGGAAGAAGAACUCCCUCCUGCUUCAGAAGUUCCAGAAGGACCUGAAUGCUGGCGUGUUCAAUACACAGGAGAACGAGCUUCUGAAGCAGAUUAUCCGACAGGACCGGGAGAUGGUGAUGAUGGUGGAGAGGAAGCAGUCGGUCACAGGUGCGAAUUCGACGCCCAUGUCCGGAAACUCCAUCAUUAACUCUCCGGCUCAGCCUCCUUUUGCCAACAGCCAGUUCCAGCAGCAACCGCAAUCCUCGCCCAUGACCCCUAUGGCCCCCAUGUCUUACAGCACCUCGGCGUCCAUCAUCCCUGCGGCUCGCCUAGCUGGGAGCGUGGCCUUCUCGUCGCCAGGCAACCCUGCCACGCCCCUACAGCAGCAGCCAACGCCCGGAGGCGUCAUGUCUCCCUGCUCGUUCACGGCAGGGCGAACCUUCCAGUAUGGGUCACCCACGGCUUCACAGCUGUCCCUCUUGCCCCAGCUGUCGGCUGUAAUGACACAGCAGCAGCAACAGCAGCAGUCGUCACAGCCCCAGCAGGCGUCCCCGCAGAGAAACGAGGUUCAUAGCAGUCUUAGCAGGGACGUGCGCCAUCUUUCGGCCUCUCAGCCCUCGCUGCCUCAUGAAACCUCAUUAGCCAUUAGGCAACAUCCAUCCUCUGGAGAAUCCUUGGCAUCUAUCCAGCCCGCAGCAAGCCCAUCCCCACAAGCCCCUGGCUCUGCCCCACAGCAGGGCGCCAUUCGCGCCACGGUCCCUCCGAGGGUGGCGCUUUUCCGACAAAUGUCAUCAGGUGCGCUACCACCAGUGCGAGCAGCGCCCUCUACGGUCCAGCACAGAGAUCCUAUGGGAUCCAGGAGAGAGUCGGCCGUCUUAAACAGCGGCCCUGAGACUGAACAAGACAAGAUGCGGUUUGCGUCGAAUUUAUGAUUUUUCUUUUUGUUCUUCUUCUUCGUUUAUUUAUUGAUUGAUAAUUUUUUUUUAAUGAUUUUGCUUCAUUUUUAUGGAGAUGAGAAAAAAAGAGACAAGUAUUUUUGUUUCUUCCUCCAACCAACCACGUAGAUAUCCUGUACAGACUUGCCCUUGUAUUAUAUUCUAUUUUAGAAACCUUUCCCCUUCAACGUAAGAAUGUAUAUUAUACAAAUAUAUACGUGUAAAUCUAGAAUAUUUGGCACUGCCUAUAUGAAAAAAAGGCGGGAAAACACUAGUAUAAAUGCAAGUCUUCCUUUCUGAUAUGUAUAUAUGAUGGACAUGUUGGGGAUUUAAAUUUUUUUUCUCCUUUUUUUUUCUUGUUUGUUUGUUUGUCUUCUUUUUUGUAACUGGAACGAUAGCUGGCAAGCUGUUUGUUUUUGUUUUUUGGAAUUUAUUCUUUCUCUUUUUUUUUUCUCGAGGCAAUGUCCAAAUUCAAGUCCAGCAGCAUUCAGCAGCCUUUUUUUGGCAUCACUGUGGAAAAACCUACACGCAAAACCAAUACUGGCACUCAAAAAAAAAUAGUAAUAAUAAAAAAAACAAAGCACAUUCAUCUAUACGGAUAUUUGUCAGGAGGACGGAGAUUACGGGGAGGAAUGAGCGGGUAAAAGUGGCUCUGGCGCUUUGAGUUUCUCCUCUGCAAUACAACAGUCCAGUAACUGAAGUGUAGUGUUAAGACCGAGGCAGUGUUACAGGAUCAAAGGGAAUACAAGUUGCUGUUUUUUAUUUAUUAUUUCUUUAUUUAUUUUCUCCUUUUCUCCUGUUUAAUAAUUUGGAGUAGGGCUGCAGGUGGAUUCUUUUAUUUUCUACCCCUGGUUUCUGAGACGGACACGAUGAAAUGUCUGACUGUGUACAUUUAUAUUAUUUAUAAACUAAAGAUUAUCACCAUUAUGCAAUAGACUGUGAUAUAAAGACAAAACUAUAUGUGUGUUGUAAAUAGUUUUGUAGAGCUAGUCCUUGCAGAAUAACGUGUGGUGCAUUCUCGAACAUGGCAAUGUCUUACCAGUCUGAAGCCUGGAUAUCACACACACACAUACACACAUAUAUACAUAUGCAUAUGUACAAAAGUGACACCAAUCACGAGUUAUCAUUAUCAUUAGAGACAUGCAAACCUUAAUGCAAACAAUGGCGUGAUCGCAUAGUCGAUACGGGAUUUAUAUAUCGCUGUAAAAGCUGACGCAAGCUUUUAUACUGAUCUUUAGAUUCCAGAGAACAGGAGCGCGGAGAGAUCAAUGAUGGAACAAAAAGCUUUUUGCAGUCUAAAAGCACACUUAUUUCAGGAUGUCGUUUCUAAAUGGGCCCCGUAUUUAUAGAACAUCGAUAAACAUGGAACGAUAAGAACAUUAUCAUUACUGUAAGCUGAACGCUGCACUGACUCCAUCUAUUUCUGUUUUACGUUUACGUCAGUAUUAUGCUUAAGCAAUCGACGUCACUCUGUAUAUCGCUGUGCAGCUGCUUAAAUGUUUUGGGAGUUUUUUUUCCUUUGUAAGCAAUUCACGUCACAUCUUUCGGUACAGCGUCUCUUAUGUAACUGACCAAUCCCUAGCCCUGUCUUAAUGCCGCGUUACUGUUAC